AUGCUCUGCCAGGAGAAGAAGUCCGAUGAGAGGCCUGCCAGAUCCAGCAUCGUCGCGGCCUGCGGCAUAUACAUUCGGGACCUGUUGGAGGCUGUGCCGGUCGACAAGUACUUUGAGCUGUUCCAGCCCAAGCUGGGCAAGGAUGGCGGCUUCAUCCGCGUCUCUGUCAACUACCUCCUCCCCGACCAAGUCAGGAAUGGCGCACCCCCCCUGGAGGCAGAGCCGACGGAGCUCAGCGAGCCCGCCAAGAAGGAGAAGGGCAGGGCGCCCUGGGUCCAGCUGGCCCUGCUGGCGGCCGCGGCCGCCUUGGCUGCCACGCGAGUGCUGGCCAAGAAAAACUGA